GAAUAAAUCCGAAUACGUCAUACCUACUUAGCUUAGCACCAAGCCGAUUCUCUUCUCUCACUGCCGUUUCUCCCUCUCUCUUGAACCUUUAAGCGCACGUUGUGGCCUCGAAGAAACCCUAAUCUCUUACAGUACCAAAGAUGUUAGACAUCAACUUGUUUCGCGAAGAGAAAGGCAACAACCCAGAGAAAAUACGCGAGUCACAGCGCCGUCGUUAUGCUAACACCGAGAUCGUCGAUGAAAUCAUUCAGUUUGAUAACGAAUGGCGGCAACGUCAAUUUGAGCUUGAUAGUUUGCGUAGAGAGUUUAAUAAGCAGAACAAAAAAGUCGCGCAGCUUAAAAUCGCGAAAGAGGAUGCAACGGAAGCGAUUAGAGAGACUGAAGAGACGAAAAAAUUGAUAGCAGAUAAGGAAAAGGAGGUACAAGAGGCUAAAGAUGCACUGUAUUCAAGAUUGCCAACUAUUGGUAAUCUUGUGCACGACUCAGUCCCGGUUAACGAUAACGAGGAUUUUAAUGCUGUGAUUCGGGCAUGGGGGGAGAAGCGUGUUGAGAAGAAAUUGAGGAAUCAUGUUGACCUUGUUGAACUUCUUGGAAUUGCGGACUUGAAGAAAGGUGCUGAUGUAGCAGGAGGUAGAGGCUUCUACCUCAAAGGUGAUGGUGUCCGACUUAACCAAGCAUUGAUCAACUUUGGCCUAGAAUUCUUGGAGAAGAGGGGGUACACAGCCUUGCAAACACCCUUUUUUAUGAGAAAAGAUGUCAUGGCAAAGUGUGCCCAAUUAGCACAAUUUGAUGAAGAACUUUACAAGGUUACUGGUGAAGGAGAUGACAAAUAUCUAAUCGCAACUGCUGAACAACCACUAUGUGCGUAUCAUCUUGAUGAUUGGAUCCAUCCUUCACAGUUACCAAUCAGAUAUGCUGGGUACUCAUCUUGUUUCCGUAAAGAGGCUGGUGCACAUGGUCGUGAUACUCUAGGCAUUUUCAGGGUUCAUCAGUUUGAGAAAGUGGAACAAUUCUGCAUUACCAGCCCAAAUGGCAAUGAUUCUUGGGAGAUGCAUGAGGAAAUGAUCAAGAACUCUGAGGAGUUUUACCAGGAGCUAAACAUCCCGUAUCAAGUUGUUGCAAUUGUUUCUGGUGCUUUGAAUGACGCAGCAGCGAAGAAGUAUGACUUGGAAGGCUGGUUUCCUGCUUCCAAUACUUACAGAGAGCUGGUCUCCUGUUCGAACUGCACAGACUACCAGUCAAGAAGAUUAGAAAUUAGAUACGGGCAGAAAAAGAGCAAUGAGCAGGUAAAGCAAUAUUGUCACUUGUUGAACUCUACCCUUACAGCAACAGAGAGGACUAUUUGCUGCAUCCUGGAGAACUAUCAGAAGGAAGAUGGAGUAGAGGUUCCAGAGCCCCUGAGAAAAUAUAUGAGCGGCAAAGAAUUCCUACCUUUCCAAAAUAAGCCGUCCACUGAAGGCAAGGGGAAGAAACCAAAAGCCUAGUUUUCCUCUCAUUCGAAACACUCUCUGCAGGCUUCACUUUGGGUAUUAAAAUAUGAGAAUUUUGAUUUGACUUCUAAUAUUGAUCCCGCAGCAAGACUUCCAGCAUAUGAUAUUCCUGCAACACUAAUAUUGUUGUUGUGGUGUUAGCUUUCGAUUCCUUGGCAAUGAAAUCGCACUUUUGCUUUCAA